AUGUCUGGGACAGAGCGCGCGCCGGCCGCGGGCGACAACCACCACCUAUCGCACACCCGCGGUGAUUCUGUAUCCUCGCUGAACGCCGCGUCGUCCACGUCGACGACGCGGCCUUUCGAGAUGCGCGACUUUGUCACCGUGGACACAAUCGGCGAAGGGUCGUAUUCGUCCGUGCGUGAGGUGUUUCUGGCGAACAAACCCACGGAGAGGUACGCGCUGAAGAUAAUGGAUAAGUCACACAUCGUGCGCGAGGGUAAAGCGCGGUACGUGGCGACGGAGAGGGCGCUCUUGGCUGGACGGUUGGCGGAUUGCGACUGCGUCGCGGCGCUGCGGUUUACGUUUCAAGACACUUACUCGCUGUAUCUCGGCAUGGAACUGUGCACGGGGGGAGAUUUAUAUUCACAAUUGAAACGCUCGGAAGGCGAGGUGAUGACGGAGGAAAAGGCGGUGUUUUAUGUGUCCGAGGUGACGCGGGCGGUGCAACAGUGUCACGCGCGCGGCAUCGUGCACAGAGACGUCAAGCCCGAGAACGUUUUGAUCGAUUCGACUGGUCACGUAAAAUUGUGUGACUUCGGUAGUGCGCUUGAUUUACAACCUGUGAUGACGAGUGUGCUCACUGCGAUCGCGGAACAGGCGGUGAAGAAGGAUGCAAAGCAUAAGAAGAAUCGCUGCGCGUCCUUCGUUGGCACAGCGGAAUACGUGGCGCCAGAAAUCUUAGAAGGGUGCGCAGAAACCACCACGGCGGUGGAUUUGUGGUCUAUCGGAGUGAUGACGUUUCAACUGUUGACCGGACGCGUGCCGUUUAAAGAUAAGACGGAGUACUUGACCAUGCAAGCCGUGCUCAAGGGGAAGUAUGUGUACCCACCCGAGGCAAACGUCUCGAGCGCCGCAAAGGAUUUCAUCGAUAAACUCCUCGUUCGAGAGCCCAAGAAACGGCUCGGGUUUGAAGACGAGACGUCUAUCCGCAGUCAUCCGUUUUUCGCUUCCGUGAGCGAUUGGUCUACGCUCCGAGCACGAAAAGCUCCGAGCGUGCUCACCGCGACUGGCGUCGGUUCCGACGCCACCGUCUCCGAAAGCGAAUCCGAGAGCGAUACAGACGACGACGAAGAAUGGCGCGCGCGCGUGAACGCCGCGACAGCCGCUUUAGACGCGCUUUAG